AUGAAGCAAUUGCUGAAACGGAAGGCAUUUGACUUUCGGGUAAAUACGGCUUUCCGCGAGGUGAUCAGCAAUUGCUCGGGAAUUGAACGUAAGGAAGGAAAUGGCACCUGGAUCACGACCGAUAUUAUUGAAGCGUAUGUAACCAUGUAUGAGCAGGGUUAUGGCUAUAGUGCGGAGGUCUGGCAAGCCGGUGAAUUGGUUGGCGGGCUUUACGGUAUCCUGCUGGGAAACGUCUUUUUUGGAGAAAGCAUGUUUAGCAAAGUGAGCAAUGCCAGUAAUAUCGCCUUGCAGCUUACCGAUCCGAAUGACGCUGCCAAAGGAACAUGGUAUGUUAAUGAGAUCGGGGAUUCGUUCCAGGUAGCUGUUUAUAAAUAUUAUGUCAGCAAUGUAGUGCUGAAUAAAGCAGAUGGUACCAAAUUUGUGGAGCCGGAGAGCUAUCACCUGAUCGAUCAGGAGAAGGAAGCGAGCCGCAAGUUCGUGAUUCCUAAUGUGCCGACCGGGGAGUAUGUUUCCGUAACUUUUUUGAUUGGGGUAGAUAGCCUGCGUAAUACAACAGGCGCACAGGACGGCGCAUUAUCCGCCGAUCAUGGUAUGUUCUGGACCUGGGAUACUGGUUAUAUCAUGGCGAAACUGGAAGGCUUUGCCAAUACCUCAACCAAUGUAGAUAAGUCUUUUUACUAUCAUGCCGGUGGCUUUAAGGGUGAGCACAAUGUAUUGCAGACGGUAACCCUUACGUUCCCGAAUAAGGCCAUUGUAUCUGGCAGCAACAUUCCGAAUGUACACGUAUUCUCCGAUGUGCUGGAGUGGUUUAAAACGCCGAUGACCAUAGGAUUUGCAGAUUAUAAUUCUAUUAUGUCCGGCAAGAAGAUGAAGGAUAUUUCCAAAAACUACGCUGACAUGUUCUACGUAGACCAUAUCGACAAUUAA